AUGCGAGUGUUGACGGAGAAACUGGCGAAAGUGCAGGAGACGGCGGCGGAUAGGUCGAUGGUGGAGCUUUCGAUUGCGGUAUCGGAGAUGAUGAGGAGUGGUGGCAGUGAUGGGGGAGAGAGUGAGGAGAGGGUGGAGGAGGUGCUGGAGGUGAAGUGUGGUGAGAUGGAGGAGUUGUUGCAUAUGGCAGAUCAUUUGAGAUUGGAGACGUUGAAGGCGGUUAUAGAGAUAUUGACGCCGAUACAGGCGGUGCAUUUUUUGAUUGCUAAGGCGGAGCUGUAUCUCCGGUUGCACGAGUGGGGGAAGAAGAGGGGUACAAUAGGCAAGGGAGUUAAUUGGAGCUGCAUGUCUGGUUGCGCGCGAGUGGCGGGAAAUCCACAAUCGUAUCCGGGUUAUGGGGUAUACGGGGAUGAAGGUGGAUACGGAAGUUACAGUGGAUACGGUGGUGAAGGUGGAUACGGGGGUAAAGGUGGUUACAGGGGAUAUGCGGGCUACGGUGGAUACAGUGGAUACGAUAGAUAUGGGGGUGACGGUGGUUACAGUGGAUACGAGGGCUACGGUGGAUACAGUGGAUACGAUAGAUCUGGGGUGAAGGUGGAUACGGUGGAUACGAAGAACAUGGUGGAUAUGGUUAUGAGCCCCCGUUUCAUGUCUCUAACUGAUUUGAAGAAUUGA